UUGGCGUCCGUCACGCGACGUCGCCUUCCUCCUCCUCCGCUGCCGCCGCCUGCCGCGGCUGCUGCCGGGUUCGCCUCACGGCUGCUGCCGCUGUGCGCAGCGGCCAUGUGGGGCUCGUUGCUGCUGCUGCUGCAGAGCCUCUCUGUCAUCCCUCUCGCGGCCUCGGAGUUACAGAGGAGCCCUCCCGCGGCUGACGACGAUGUCCGCGCAGACGUGAGGAUGGAGCUGCGUCUGGGAGUGAACCGCGUGGAGCGUCUCUCCGCCAACGAGACGCUGCUGCUGUCCCUGGAGGCGCUGCCCAACUCUGCGAGCUUCGUCACCUUCCAGGCACACAAGCGGGACGGCGGCGUUACCGUCGCCUUCUCCAGGGCCCUCAGGAGAGGAAACUCGUACACUGGCACGGACGCAGGGCUGCUGUUUUCACUUCAUCCCCGGGACAGCCGACUGCUGUGGUACAUGUACACGGGGGCCCAAGCCAACGCCACAGCCAGCCUUCUGGCGCUGGCCUAUUCAGCCAGUGACCCUGUGCCGGGCGGCUGUACCUGGAGUACGACAUGGAGGUGGACCCCAACCUCCGUCUGAGCUACAACCUCUACGAGACGGUGCUGGAAUUUGCUCCGGCCAACCUCGGUUACCCACGGGGUUCUGCGCCACCAGCCUGCGACCAGGACAAGGGCCCCGACUCUCGCUGGCGCCUGCAGUACGACGUCUACCAGACCUUCCUCGACGAGGGCGACCUGGGGGUGGACUCCCUCCUGAGCGCCCUGCGCCGCUUGUCCACCGCCGGCGGCUGCGAGGCGUACGGCUCCAAGAUGCGGACGCUGAGCUCGUCGGAGAAGCCACGCCUGGUGCAGACGUCGUACCCGGCCAGGGCGUGGC